AUGUGUCAAUCCCCCUCCCACGACUUCAUCCACGGCCUCCCCAAGUGCGAGCACCACGUCCACCUGGAAGGCUGCCUUACCCCAGAACUAAUCUUCCAUCUGGCCGCCCGCAAUGGCAUCGCUCUUCCCGCGCCAACCGAAAACCCCGCCUACGCCUCCAUCGCCGCCCUAACAACCCGCUACGAACACUUCACCUCCCUCGAUGACUUCCUGUCCUUCUACUUCGAAGGCAUGGCCGUGCUCCGCACAGAACAAGACUUCUCCGACCUCGCCUGGGCCUACUUCACAAAGGCGCACGCCGACGGCGUCCACCACGCCGAAGUCUUCUUCGACCCGCAGGUCCACCUGAGUCGCGGCGUGACGUAUAACACGGUCGUAGCCGGGUUCGCGGCGGGGUGUAAGCGUGCGGAGAGCGAGUUGGGACUGAGCACGAGGUUGAUUAUGUGUUUUGUGAGACAUUUGCCGGUUUCGUCGGCGACGGAGGUGUAUGAGGAGUUUUUGGCGAAUGGGCAUUUCCAGGCGCAAGUCGUGCAUGGACUCGGUUGGUCUUCGUCUGAGGUUGGGCCUCCCAAGGAUAUGUUUAGGGAGAUUUAUGCGUCUGCGGCGGAGAAGGGGAUUCCCCUCACCGCGCAUGCGGGCGAAGAAGGUGAUCCGACGUAUAUCAGUACGGCGCUGGAACUUGGUGCGCAGCGGAUCGACCACGGUAUUCGACUCAUCGAGGAUGCCGAGUUGAUGAAGCGCAUUGCUGCAGAGGGGAUCCUGCUUACGGUCUGCCCGUUGUCGAAUGUGCGGUUGCGCUGCGUGACUAGCGUGGAGCAGGUUCCUAUUCGGAAAUUCCUGGAGGCUGGCGUCAAGUUCUCGAUUAACAGUGAUGAUCCCGCGUACUUUGGGGGUUAUAUUUUGGAUAAUUAUUGUGCGGUGCAGGAGGCGCAUGGUCUGUCGGUGAUGGAGUGGAGGAUUAUUGCGGAGAAUAGUGUGCAGGAGAGUUGGAUUCCGGAUGAGAGGAAGGCGGAGUUGUUGGAGAAGAUUGAGGGGCAUGUUAAGAAGCAUAUGGUUGCAGUGGAGGUUUGA